UGAGUCGAUUUCCAUAGUAUUGAUAUCAUCAAAACCAUCGCCUUCAAUCCGAACAGAUUGCCUUCAAUCCAACCUAGAACAGAAGCGUUUGUUGCCGCCGGGAAUUAGUUUCAACUAUGAAGUUGAACGUUAACGUGUUAAGAUAUCUUUCAAAAGAUGAUUUCAGGGUUCUUACCGCCGUCGAGAUGGGGAUGAGGAAUCAUGAAAUUGUGCCAUCGGAACUUAUCUCCCGCAUUGCUGCUCUCAAGCAUGGGGGUACUUACAAGGUUUUGAAGAAUUUGCUCAAGCAUAAGUUGUUACAUCAUGACUCUAGCAAAUAUGAUGGUUUUCGGCUUACUUACCUGGGUUAUGAUUUUCUUGCAAUUAAGACAUUGGUUAAUCGAGGAGUUAUUUCCUCUGUUGGGCGUCAAAUUGGUGUUGGCAAAGAGUCGGAUAUCUUUGAGGUUGCCACGGAAGAUGGAACAGUCCUUGCAAUGAAGCUUCAUCGAUUGGGAAGAGUCUCUUUUAGGGCUGUCAAAUCCAAACGUGAUUACUUGAGGCACAGGAGUAGUUUCAAUUGGCUUUACUUAUCUAGGCUUGCUGCUCUGAAAGAAUUUGCUUUUAUGAAGGCUUUAGAGGAACAUGGUUUCCCUGUCCCAAAUGCUAUAGAUUGCAAUCGACAUUGUGUGAUUAUGUCACUUGUUCAAGGCUACCCACUUGUGCAGGUCAAGGAAUUGCAAAAUCAUGAUGUAGUUUUUGAAACCAUCAUUGGUCUUGUUAUUCGGCUGGCUGAGCAUGGCCUUAUUCACUGUGAUUUCAACGAAUUCAACAUAAUGAUUGACGAUGAGGAGAAUCUUACCAUGAUUGAUUUCCCACAAAUGGUUUCAGUGUCGCAUCGCAAUGCACAGAUGUACUUUGAUCGUGAUGUAGAAUGCAUCUUCAAGUUUUUUAGAAAAAGGUUCAACAUGUCAUAUACAGAAGUUGCUUCAGGAUCUGAUUCGGAUGUUGAUGAAGAUGAAGUCAACAGGCCACAAUUUUCAUCAAUUCAAAAAACUUCUGGCUUCCUGGACAGAGAACUUGCAGCCAGUGGAUUUAGCAGAAAGGAUCAGGAGGAGAUUGAGAAGGCUCAGGAGAUUGGCGUUGAAAAGGAUCCUGAGGACGAUGACAGCUCAGAUGAUGAAGAAACUGCUAUUGAACCAUCUAAUGAAAUCAUCAACAUCCCUCGGGAGAUUGACCUAGAUUUAGGUGAUGAAAGAAGAGAAGAUAAAGAGGAGACAUCAAACGACAUGAUUACUUCAAGUUUGGUCGAUCAGCUUCAUCAUACUUCUUUAAAUGAUCAAAGUGAGUUGGAGAAGAAGAUCAAUACAGAUGAGGCUGAGGAGGAAGGAAACGAAGAAAUCGAGGAGGAUAGUGCUGAGUUGACAAAAAGUCUAAAUAAGCAAAGACGAAGGGCCAUAGUAUCAGCACAUCGAGGACAAAAGAAUUGUCACUCUCGAAACUCUUACAAGGACAAAGGUGCCAAGUCCUCUAACAAUACCAAGCUCCAGAAUCAACUGAAAGACUGGUGAAGACUUCAUAUUGUCAACACAACUUGUGCCCCAUUGCAUGCAUUUUUUAUUACAGUAACUUUUAUUAGAAUGAUGAGUUAUUAGGUCAAAACUAUGCUCACAUUUUUCAUUCUUCUUUUAUAAUUUGUUAUGUGUGGUUUUGAACCU